AACGCGUUCUGCGAGGUAAAUCGAUUGGUCGAUACGAUCCAUUCGAUCUAUCGUUUUAUGAAAUGAUAUCCCCGCCUCGGUUAGACUUCCUUUAUUUUGGUAGCGGCGUAGAAAUACCAAAUACUUAUAGCAAACGAAUUCGAACCCGUGUUACCCGUGAAUUGUAGUAUUCCUCGUUCGAUUCUGUCUCGUAUUCCGCUUAAGUCAUGAUUCGACCAUUUUUUGAUCCACACAGCCGACAUUCUCUUGGCAGGAAAUGCCGGCUAAUCUUCUAUCAAAAGUUCAGUAAACUUUCUGCCCUACACUUUUGUUUAGUAAAUCGUUUUAAGCAACACUAGCACAAUCUUAGAAUGUAAAAUGUACGAAUGUACAAUGCAAAUUCUUUGCUGAACAUUUGCUAAAGAAUUUGCCACCUCCACACGAUGUGAUCUGAUAAUUAAUAUUGUAAUCUAAACGUUUUUCGGAAUAUGAUUUUUAUAAUACGGUAUCGAUAUUGUUCGAGUUAAAAUUUCAUUUAUUGUUCAAUAUCUUUUUACGGUAAUCUCUUUUUCAAAACGAAUGCAUCCGCGCUCGUUCAAGAUGCGUUAUUCAAGAUUCCAGGAAUCAUGCAUUUAACACGCAUGGAUUAAGUAAGCGUGUGUUGUGAGUUCUAUAUGUAGUCACCGUUCCAAAUCUAGAUACAUGUUUGUAGGUAGUUGGGUUGCCUUGUAAAAAUGUCUCAACAUAGAAUGUCUGAUGUCAUCAGUGUGCUUAAAGGAGUUAAAGCAGUGACCGAUGCUGCUAUAAAGCAUCAAGAAAAGUCGAUUAAACAUAUAAUACAAACUUCGAGCAUAAAAACUUGUGCAGAAAAAUGUGUGAGGAAUAACGCAAGGAAAUUGGGUAAUAUAAAACCAAGUAAGGUUCCUAGUCAAGUAACGGAACAGCUGAAAGAAGUAGCAGAACGGAUAAAUGUCGUUGAGAAAGGUAUAAUUGAAUUUAUGAAAUUUAAAGCUAGCGAAACUAUUGGAACACCGUUUAAUGAAAUUACUCCUGUAACAUCGAGUAAAUCCAAGUUACAUGUUUAUAAUCCUGCUAAAGAUCCUAAAGAAAUAGUAGUUGUAAUGGAUGUUUCGGAUAUUAAAGCAGAAUCUGCGGAUAAUAUACAAGAUAAACAAAAUAAAUCUGUAACAAAGAAAUAUACAACUGUAAAGGAAAAAAUCGAAACGAUAUCUAAAUUAGAUAACGAAAUACCGAAGAUCGAACUUUCGGAAAAAGAUAAGGAAAUUUUAAGACGACUAGAAUUAGAGCAUGAAGAAAAUACAAGAAGCCAGAAAACGAAACAAGAUGAUUUGCCAAAAACUUAUUCGAAAAAUAAAAAUGCGGACAUAAUUAUGGAAAAGCCUCGAGCUAAACCAUCUAUUAGACCAAAGCAAACUCUUUCACCUAGCGCAAAAGCACAAAAAGUUCCAGCAACUAGAUUACAAAGGAUGAUGAGUUUCGGGACAUUAGGAAUUGGUUUAGGCGUUGGUACGGUUGCAGAGUAUACACGCAGAACAUUAGGAUUGAAAAAACAAAGUCUUGGAGAUACGUUUGACAAUAUGUUUCUUACCAAAGCAAAUGCAGAACGAAUAGUUUCAACUUUAUGUAAAGUAAGAGGUGCAGCUUUAAAAAUUGGACAAAUUUUAAGUAUACAAGAUGAAACUAUUAUCAGUCCUGAAUUGCAACAAAUUUUUGAACGAGUUAGACAAAGUGCUGAUUUUAUGCCAAAAUGGCAAGUUGAGAAAGUACUAGCUAAUGAACUUGGACAUGAUUGGAGAAGCAAAUUAGCCACAUUUGAAGAAAAACCAUUUGCUGCAGCUUCGAUUGGUCAGGUACAUCAUGGUGCUUUACUGAAUGGGCAGGAUGUUGCAAUAAAAAUUCAAUAUCCUGGUGUAGCUAUGGGUAUUCAAAGCGAUGUUGAAAAUUUAGUGGGCAUAAUGAAGCUUUGGAAUUUGUUUCCAAAAGGUAUGUUUAUAGAUAACUUAGUAGAAGUAGCAAAACGAGAACUUGCUUGGGAAGUUGAUUAUAUUCGAGAAGCAGACUGUACACGAAAUUAUAAAAAACUUAUGCAACCUUAUCCAGAUUAUUACGUUCCUGCUACAAUAGAUGAAUUAUCAACGAGUCAGAUUUUUACAACUGAAAUGAUAGAUGGUAUUCCAGUAGACAAAUGUAUGAACAUGGAUAUGGAGAUAAGAGAACGCAUUUGCAAAUUAAUAAUGCGUUUAUGCCUUAAGGAAUUAUUUGUUUUCCGAUAUAUGCAAACUGACCCGAAUUGGUCGAAUUUUUUCUAUAAUCCUGAUACAAGACAAUUAAUAUUAUUAGACUUCGGUGCAUGUCGGGAAUAUGAUAAGUCGUUCAUGGAUAAAUACAUUGAAAUAAUUUAUGCUGCAAGCGAAGGUGAUCGUGAUAAAAUUUUAAACUUAUCUAAGGAAAUGGGAUUUCUUACGGGUUACGAAUCUAAAAUCAUGGAAGAAGCUCAUGUUGAUGCAGUAAUGGUUUUAGGUCAAGUAUUUGAUAAAAAUCAUAAAUAUUAUGAUUUUGGUGGACAAGAUGUAACUAAACGAAUACAGUCAUUAGUUCCAACAAUAUUAGAUCAUAGACUUUGCCCUCCACCUGAAGAGAUAUAUAGUUUACACCGAAAGUUGUCAGGUGUUUUUUUGUUAUGUGCUAAACUUCAAGUUAAAAUAAACUGUCGUGAUAUGUUUCGCGAAGUCUAUGCAAAUUAUAAAUUUGGUUGAUGUAAUUUAGCUGUAAAUAAAUACAUUAUAGUCCUAAAUAUAUUUACAUAA